GGAAGCUGACGCGCAUCCCCGGCAGGAGACACGGGCACGCGCACGGAGAGACGGGCACGCGCGCGGAGCGGAGCUGCAGACUCUGAUCAACCAGCGCAACCAGAGGACGCUUCGGUUCCUCAUCGGCGGAAUAAACGAGCAAAAUACAAAGCAGUGUGGUUGAUGAUGGUCACCAUGGCGACCCCGCUGCUCCUGGCCCUCCUGGUGGGGGCACUGCCCUCCCGUGCAUUCGGCGAGGGGGCGUGUCUUCAGGACGGGAAACACAAGACCACGCCCAGCGCUGAACCCCAGCUGACGGAGUGCUCGCUGUACACCGACAACGCGUGCUGCACGGUGGAGGACGUCCAGGACAUCGCUCACGUCCCGGCCCUCAGCAACAAGAACGCCCCCUGGGACCACUGCGGACAUCUGAGCUCCACGUGUGAGGUGUUCCUGAAGCGGGUCUCCUGUUUCUACCGCUGCUCGCCGGACGCCGCCCGCUGGCCACACCCCCGCCGGCGCUCCUACAUCCAGGCCGUCCCGCUCUGCCACAGCUUCUGCCGCGACUGGUUCGAUGCCUGCAGGAUGGACCUGACCUGCGCCCGCAACUGGGCCCGGGACCCCCGCGGCCACAACUGCACGGGGACCUGCGUCCAGUACCAGCAGAUGUACCAGCACGGCCGGGACCUGUGCGAGAGCCUGUGGGGCGACGCCUUCAUGACGGUGGAGGACCAGGUGGAGGAGGAGGAGGGGGGGCACCACGACGGAGUCCAUGGCAACGACGGUCCCCCCGGCGACGGUCACCCCGGCGACAGCUCCCGUCCGUGCGGCUGUCUGACCCUCAGCUCGUCGGACCGCGACGUGAUGGCGGCACUGCGGGCGCAGAGCGUGGACCCCGAGGAGCUCGACACCACCAAGUCCGGCCUGCCCCAGUACCGCGCCCCCUGCCAGGCCCCGCCCCCCCCGGCCCACGCCACGCCCCCCGCCACCAGGAAGGCGGGGAAGGGAGGGCGGGCGAAGGCGGCGCUACGGAAACGCUCGGUGGCGGUGGAGGAUGCGGAGGGGAGCGGGAGCGGCAUGUAGGCGCUAUAGAUCUACACUCUCUAUCUGUCUCUAGAUCUAUAGAUCUAGAGACAGAUAGAGGGUAGAAAUCUAGAAUUAUAGAUCUAGAUCUCUACCCUCUAGCUGUCUCUAGAUCGAUACAUCUAGAUCUCUACCCUCUAUCUGUCUCUAGAUCUAUAGAUCUAUAUCUAUCGCUAUAGGACUAUAUCUAUCUAUAUAGAUCUAUAUCAAUCUAUAGAUCUAUUUUGAUUUGCGUCUAGAUCUCUAUAGAUCUAGAUCUAUCUCUAUAGGACUAUAUCUAUCUAUGUAGAUCUAGAUCAAUCUAUAGAUCUAUUUAGAUUUACAUCUAUCUAUAGAACUCUAUAGAUCUAUAUCUAUCUCUAUAGAUCUAUAUAAAUCUAUAGAUCUAUUUCGAUUUACGUCUAUCUAUAGAUCUCUUUAGAUCUAGAUCUAUCUGUUAGAUUACUAUAGAUCUAUUAAGAUUUCCAUCUAUCUCUAGAUCUCUAUAGAUCUAUGUCUCUAUAUAUAUGAAUAUCAAUCUAUAGAUCUCUAUAGAUAUUUAUAUAUCUAUCUUUAUAGAUGUAUAUCAAUCUAUAGAUCUAUAUAGAUGUAUAUCAAUCCGUGGCUCCUGUUCAGUUGGUAACCUAACCGGGCCUCUUGCUAACCUUACCUCGUAUACAGACAAACAUUUAGAUAAACACAACGAUAGAAAUGCAUUUAGACUGAUACAUAUUAUAGAUAGGUACGCUUCAAUAGAAGUACAUUCAGAUAGAUACACAUUGAAAAAUACAUAGGGAUAGAAAAAUAUUUAGAUGAACACAAAGACAGAUAAACAUAAAUAUAGAUAAAGAUAUAGAUAAACGCUCAUCCUUAACCAUCCGUUGGUAAUAUAUGUCUAUCUGUUCAAUGGGUUGAGUCUGUGUAGAUAUCUCUGGUUAACUGUAGUCACCUCCAAGUUAAAGCUCAUCCAUGCUAAUGUCGACAUAGUAAAAAUUAGCUAUUUAAGGUAUUCAACUCAAUGUUAACUAGUUUCACUAAGUCCAGUAGUCUAACAGCAUAUGGUUCUGUGAGUCUGCAUUUGUAUUGAUUCGAACAGUUGGGUUUGUUUGACAAUGUGUGUGUUAAAUGCCUUUUACAUUAUCUGUAAAAAGAAUAAAAGAAAGACUGUU